CUGGCACUCCCGCCUUCCUGCACAAUUCAAGCUAGCCUCUAGCCUUUCGGUCUAGGGUGUGGGUAGUCUUUCCAGGACACGCGCAGACAACAUCCACACAUCCACCUUUCCACCCUCACCUUUUUCACUGUCACUUUUUACUCCACACCAUCCCUGUCAUCCAUCUCUUUGGCAUGGACCAGCUUUUCCUCCCGUGCCUCCCUCUCGCUUAAUUCCAUUCCCAGCGUCUUCGAAAGAUCCACCGGCCUAAUCUUCUUCCUAACGAAAACCCCAAUCCGCCAUGCUCCAUCGACCUCUCUUCUGGCAUCAGCACUUCUUAUGCCCCUGAUCUCCCAUCGACAACGCCAAAUCUCUCUUGCCAGCCAUUCCUCUCAAUCCUCUGGGAUUGUUAUUGGACCAACUCCAUCACAGUGCUAGCCCUCCCUCGCCGGUCCGAGUGCCUUCUACUGUCUUCCUUGCUAGCCUGAAUUAGUCAAGAGGCACUCCCUCCCACAGCCUUUCCACCAUCAACGAGCUAUUUCUUCCGCGACAGGGUCAUUUUACCUCCCCGUUUUUCCAGCCCAGAGUCAAUACUCAAGACCCCCCAAGCUGGUCCGUCAGUCGUCUCACACCGGAGCCAGUCAUCCGGUAUUCGACCCCUAGAUUAGCCUACCUGGUGGAGCCACCGUGCCUCCCCCGUUUACCUUGACUCACCCUUGGCUGAGCCUAUUGUCUGGACCUUGGUUCACUAUAACCGCGAGCCCAACCCCUCUGGUCUGUUCGCAUUCUCUUCUCUUCGACACAUUGCGCGUCAUCAAUCUGCACCUCGAAGCCUUACACAAUCAGACCUCAAUUGAGUCAAUUGCGGCUCAAUUAGUCACCUUCCCAACCACCUAUUUAGAGACAUUUUCGCGCUAUGAUAUUCUGCCGCUCCAACAUUCUACAAACAUCCCUCUUCUCUCGACACAAAACACCAGACCCGACACGCAUAGACCGAGAUCGAGGGGAACCUUACUGAGGACGAGGGGCAGGAGAGGAGAGUGACGCCCGAAUUACCACCUUUACGACCCAAGCCAAACAGCUUUCAAAAUGAGCUACCACUAUGGUGUGCCACCAGCGCACUACACCAGAUAUUACGGUGGAGAUUCUUCGCCGUAUUCCAGCAACGAAUACGUUCAGUACGCGCCGCCUUAUCACACCCCACCGAGGAAGCAUACCCGGAAUGCCAGCUACACCUCACCUCGUGUCGGCGGCUAUUACUCCCCGGCCGGCGCGUCCCCACCAUUUCGCGAAUCGCCACGAUAUGAUUAUGUGAGUGAGGCUACAGGCAAGCCCCGCCGAUCAGAGGGCUACCAAACCUUUCCUAGCUCCAGAUAUCAUACCCGUUCUUCAUCGCGCAGGCACAACCAGCCCAUCUACGUCUACAACGAUGAUGCUGGUUAUGCCGAACCGCAACCAACCUAUAUUGUCCGAGAACCAAAGUCAUCCUGGACCAAACAUAGCAAAAAGCACAGUACUGAUACCAAGUUUUACUAUGGACAGGGACAGGGUAUUGAUGAACUAUCAAGGCCGACUAGACCUCGACGAUCUUCUACAGCUACCAAGCCAUCUCCUAUUCCCAAGGCUGCAGCUUCACGACCCGCCACUGAGGCUGACGCCAUCCGGGCAGGAAUCCCUGACGGCUACUCAUACAAGAAUUGGGACCCUGCUGAAAAGCCAAUCAUCCUCCUCGGUAGUGUCUUCGAUGCCAACUCACUCGGACGUUGGAUCUAUGAUUGGACGGUUUUUCACCAUGGCGCAUCAAGUCCCAUGGCCGAUAUGGCCGGUGAGCUAUGGCUACUUCUAAUCAAGCUAGCCGGCAAGAUGAAGCGCGCCCAGGAGUGUGUUGGCCGCAUCCGCAACGUAGACAAGCAAGAGACCGUGGAAGACUUUAUCGAAAGUGGCGAUCGUCUCUGGCUGGCCUUCAAAUCGCUCUUGAGGAAGUGCGAACAGUUCAUGCUCAAAGCGGCACGGCGUGACGGAUCCAAGACGAUGGGAAAGAAGUCGGGGACCGAAUUCGUGGAUUCGAUAUUCGGACGUGACAGAUUCCUUGAGGCGACGGAAAAGUUCAUGCAUUCUGUCCGCACUUGGAACCUUCGCUUCGACGUCAAUUGCGAGAACACGUUGCGAAGACCAUCUGCUGCCUAGCUUUGGGCCGUCAGACCAAUGAGCAGCAUUGAGUCAUUGCGGCUCGGGUGGCAAACUUUGUGUCAAAAAAAGUUUGCCACACUAGCCAUCUCACUAGUUCUUUCUGUCCCCGGCGAGGUUCAACGUUAGGCAUCAGCGUUGACGGAUUCUUGUACCAACAGAUCGAGCGGCGAGUUUUCAGGGGGGAGAACACAGCAGCCGCUCUGGAUCAAUGGAGGAGUAACCAUGAGUCACUCAUCGUUGUUGAUUUUGUUAGCGCGGUCUGGGGGACUAAUCGGCUUUGUUAUGGAAAGGGACAUGGCGCAGGGAAUCAAAGGCGCCUGGGAGUUUUUGAUUUAUGUCGGCUGGCAGAAGGCAAAAGCAACUCAAAGGGUUUGUGGAGGACUCAGCUAUCAAUGGACGAAACCAAAAGUUUUGCAUAUGGCACGACGACACACGAUGACAGGAUGGUGCACGGGACGGAUACCAACGACCAGGGCAGCAUACUUUGUUUGAACCAUUGCUAGGUGGCGCAGGAUGUUUGUUCUUUCGCAGGGAAAGGGUUGCAUUUGCUUGGAGAUGAUUAUUUUUGCGCCAGAGCGAUGAUACCCCAUGUGUUCCUUCUUGGACACUCAUGUACUCUAGCUAGCUACUACUUGCUCUAAUGUUUUAUCGAAGUGUUAACUGA